CACACCUCAUUAUUGUUUUGAACACUUUGCAUUUCCACCUGCUCUCUGUUUUUGUGUCGGAAGAAGUUUGCAUUCCGCACUGGAACAAGUUUUCUCUCUCUAGAUUUUCUCUCUCUUCCUAUACGUACAAAAAUCUUCAUCCGAGAGAAACUUGGUCUUUUUUUAGCUGCUUUUUGGUGGAGUUGAAGCACACUGAAAAGUUAAUUCUCGAGCCACCGUAAAGCCGACAAAGAUGACUGUCACACCAAACAUCUCGGUCAACGACGGGAGCCUUGUGGUUCAUGGGAAAACGAUCCUCACCGGAGUUCCCGACAACGUUGUACUCACUCCGGGAUCGGGUGUAGGUCUCGUCGAAGGUGCAUUUAUCGGUGCCUCGGCUUCUCGUAGCAAAAGCCUUCACGUAUUUCCGAUUGGUGUCUUAGAGGAUGUUCGUUUCAUGUGCUUAUUCCGUUUCAAGCUGUGGUGGAUGACGCAGAGAAUGGGAACGUGUGGGAAGGAUAUUCCGUUGGAGACUCAGUUCAUGCUAAUCGAGAGCAAAAACGAGAGCGAAGAUGCCUCGAUUAUCUACACUGUUUUGCUGCCCGUGCUUGAAGGACCGUUUCGUGCCGUUCUUCAGGGAAACGAUAAGAACGAGCUCGAAGUCUGCCUCGAGAGUGGAGAUAAUGCGGUUGAAACCGAUCAAGGACUUAACCUUGUUUACGUACAUGCCGGAACGAAUCCUUUUCAAGUUAUUAAUCAAGCUGUAAAAGCUGUAGAGAAGCACAUGCAAACAUUUCAUCACCGAGAGAAGAAGAAGUUGCCGGCAAUCCUCGACUGGUUUGGUUGGUGCACGUGGGAUGCUUUCUACACCGACGUCACUGCUGAGGGCGUUGACGAAGGACUUAAGAGCUUGUCGGAGGGAGGCGCACCGCCCCGUUUUCUGAUCAUAGACGACGGCUGGCAACAGAUCGGGAACGAAGUCAAGGAAGAUCCCAAUUGUGUCGUACAAGAAGGAGCUCAGUUCGCAAACAGGCUAACGGGAAUCAAAGAGAACGCAAAGUUCCAAAAGAACACAGAAACCGACGAAGAGGAAUCCGGCCUCAAACACGUCGUCCGAGAUGCCAAGCAACAACACAAUGUCAAAUACGUUUACGUAUGGCAUGCACUAGCCGGAUACUGGGGCGGAGUUCAACCGGCGGGUCCUGGCAUGGAACACUACGACACCACACUAGCCUAUCCCGUACAAUCCCCGGGCGUAAUGGGAAACCAACCCGAUAUAGUAAUGGACAGCCUCGCAGUACACGGAUUAGGUCUCGUCCACCCGAAGAAGGUUUUCAACUUCUACAACGAGCUCCACGCCUACUUAGCAUCUUGCGGAGUGGACGGAGUCAAAGUUGACGUGCAGAACAUUAUCGAGACUUUAGGUGCCGGCCACGGCGGUCGAGUUUCUCUCACUAGAAGCUACCACCAGGCUCUGGAAGCUUCCAUCUCGCGCAAUUUCCCGGAUAACGGAUGCAUCGCUUGCAUGUGCCAUAAUACGGACGGGAUUUAUAGCGCGAAACAGACGGCUGUCGUUAGAGCCUCGGACGAUUACUACCCUCGCGACCCUGCUUCGCACACGAUUCACAUUUCUUCGGUUGCGUAUAACACGAUUUUCUUGGGGGAGAUUAUGCAGCCUGAUUGGGAUAUGUUUCAUAGCCUGCACCCAACUGCUGAGUAUCAUGCUGCAGCUCGAGCUGUUGGUGGAUGUGCAAUUUAUGUUAGUGAUAAGCCAGGUCAGCACAACUUUGACCUAUUGAAGAAGCUGGUUCUUCCUGAUGGAUCAGUUCUUCGUGCACAAUUGCCUGGUCGGCCUACAUUGGACUGUCUCUUUGUUGAUCCAGCUAGAGAUGGGAUUAGCUUGCUUAAAAUCUGGAAUACGAACAAAUGCGCGGGAAUUGUGGGCGUAUUCAACUGCCAAGGUGCAGGGUGGUGCAAGAUAGAAAAGAAGACACGUAUACACGACGCUUCACCCGGCACUCUCACUAGCUCCGUUCAAGCUACCGAUGUUGACGGAAUAUCCGAAAUCGCCGGAUCGGAAUGGAACGGUGAAGCUGUAGUCUAUGCUUAUAAAUCCGGGGAGAUUCUCCGUUUGCCUAACGGCGCUUCGCUUCCCGUUACACUUAAAGUUCUCGAAUACGAACUUUUCCACAUUUGCCCCAUGAAGAAAAUAGGGGAGGAGAUUUUCUUUGCGCCGAUUGGCUUACUCGACAUGUUCAACUCUAGCGGCGCUGUGGAGGAGUUUGAGGUAGAGGAGGAGGAGGUGACACGUGUCACGCUGAAGGUGAGGGGCUGCGGCCGCUUUGGAGCGUAUUCUUCUCGGCAGCCAUUGAAAUGCUUAGCUGGCGAUGCGGAGACUGUGUUUGACUAUGACGUGGCGAAUGGACUGUUGACUUUUUCCAUCCCAGUACCUAAGGAGGAAAUGUACAGAUGGUCGAUUGAAAUCCACCUUUGAUUUCCGAUUUUUCCGCUAUUGAUCCAACGGCUGAGGGUGUCUCCAAUCUCCCUUGCUUUUAUUGCAAGUAUGGGAGAAAAUAAACGGUAUUAAUUAGGGGGACUUAAAAAUAAAUAAGUGGAGUUAAUUGCAUUAUUAUGUAAUAAAUAAUUUGUCGGUGUAAUGUUUGUUUGUUUGUCAAUUGUGAUUUGUGAUCAUGUAACUUUUGGAGCUUAAUCAGUGUUUUAACUUUUAACA